CUGUCCCACACUCUACAAAUUGAAAUUUUCGGUGAUCAAGGACGAACUGUGUGUAAAUAGGUGGAAGCAGACAGCCAGAGCCAGUGCCAGAUACAGAUCCUCCGACAAUGGGUGUUCCAAAGUUCUUCCGCUACAUCAGCGAGCGAUAUCCGUGCCUCAGCGAGUUGGCGCGCGAGCACAGCAUUCCUGAGUUCGACAACCUGUACUUGGACAUGAACGGCAUCGUGCACAAUUGCUCGCAUCCGGAUGACAACAACAUCCACUUUCACUUGGAAGAGGCGCAGAUAUUUCAGGAGAUCUUCAACUAUGUGGACAAGCUGUUCUACCUGAUCAAGCCGCAGCGCCUCUUCUUUUUGGCCGUCGACGGCGUGGCGCCUCGUGCCAAGAUGAACCAGCAGCGCAGCCGUCGCUUCCGAUCGGCCCGCGAAGCUGAGCAGUUGGAGGAGAAAGCGGCACAGCGAGGUGAGCGGCGAGAGCAUGAACGCUUCGACAGCAACUGCAUCACACCGGGCACAGAGUUCAUGGAACGACUGCAGGCGGGGCUGCGAGCCUUCCUAAAGACGAAAAUCUCGACGGAUCCGCUCUGGCAGCGGUGUAGCGUGAUUCUCAGCGGCCAGGAGACGCCCGGCGAAGGUGAGCACAAGAUUAUGGACUACAUUCGCUACAUGAAGGCCCAGCCCGGCUUUGACCCAAAUACGCGGCACUGUCUGUACGGCCUGGAUGCCGAUCUCAUCAUCCUUGGCCUCUGCACCCACGAACUGCACUUUGUGGUGUUACGCGAGGAGGUGAAAUUCGGGAAGAAUGUGAAACGGGCCUCUGUGGAGGAGACGCGCUUCUUUCUGCUCCAUCUGGGGCUGCUGCGCGAGUACCUGGAGUUGGAGUUCGAUGCGCUGAGCACUCCGGAGAAGAAGCUGGACGUGGCGCAGCUGAUCGACGACUGGGUGCUAAUGGGCUUCAUGGUCGGCAACGAUUUCAUCCCCCAUUUGCCCUGCCUGCACAUCUCGUCCAAUGCCCUGCCUAUGCUCUAUCGCACCUACAUCCGGAUCUAUCCGGAGCUGGGAGGCAACAUCAACGAGCAUGGCAAGCUCAACUUGCGUCGCCUGCAGAUCUUUCUCACGGCCCUUACCGAGGUAGAGCUGGAUCAGUUCAGGGAGCACGCCGACGACCUCAAGUACAUGCACGCCAAAACGGAGGCCUUCGACGUGGAUGCCGAUGAGAUCAGGGCCAACGAGAAUCUAGACUCUGACCUGGCCGCCCUGAUUGACGACAGCUGUAGGCUUUACGACGACGACAGCGAGGAAGACUGGAGCGACGAGGCGACUGCCUUGAUGCACGAGUUCCAGAACUACAAGCGCAACUACUAUCGCAACAAGUUCAAGAGUGACGCUCAGGGCCAGUUGAUCAAGGAGCUGGGCCACCACUAUGUGAACGCCCUGCAGUGGGUGCUGGACUACUAUUAUCGUGGCGUGCAGUCGUGGGACUGGUAUUAUCCUUACCACUAUGCGCCUUUCAUCAGCGACCUUAAGAAUAUCGAGCAGGUCCAAAUCAAUUUUCAGCUAGGCACACCCUUCCUUCCCUUCCAGCAGCUCCUGGCAGUGCUACCGGCGGCAAGUUGCAAGCUCCUGCCAUCAGCCUACCACAACCUCAUGCUGCAGUCCAACAGCCCGCUGGCAGAGUUCUAUCCCAUGGACUUCGACACCGAUCUCAAUGGCAAGAAGCACGACUGGGAGGCGGUGGUGCUCAUACCGUUCAUCGACGAGCGCCGCCUGCUUGCCGCAAUGCUACCAUGCGAGGUGAAUCUAACGGCGGCGGAGCGUGAGCGGAAUAAGCAUGGACCGAUGUACCAGUACGAUUAUUCGACGGAGUCGCUGGGUCCGAUGGCUGCCAGGCCACCGCUAAAGGCCCUGCAGCAGCUCUUCUGCACGGAGUCGGCUCGAUGGUCGCGCGAGAUCACGCUAAAUUUGUCGUACAGCGUGUGCGUCGAGCUGCCGAAUGCGGCACGUCACGUCUUCUUCCCAGGCUUUCCCACCAUGCAGCACCUGCCGUUCGAUUUUGAGCUGCGCAACGACCGCGUCAAGGUGUUCGAGCAGGCGAGCCGCAAUCAGAACAUGGUGCUCAAGCCGCGCCAGCGACAGCUGGAGGACACACUGGAGGCCGUAGCUGGCCAAUAUCUGGGGCAGGUGGUGCACAUCGGCUGGCCGCAUCUCAUCAAGGCCAAGGUGGUGCGUGUGGCCACGCGAGAGCAACGUGUGGACGAUGAAGGAAUUAUGCAGAACGAAAGCCGUCGCUUCGAAUCCGAGUGCAAGUCUUUGCAGGAACACUUCACCACCCGUAUGGGCAUAAAGUUCCACAACUACAACGUGCUCGUGUACGUUCGAACCUUUGCCGGCAGCUCGUUGGAAUUCGGGCCUAAGGGAACGCUGUUCAUGCAGGACUCGUGGAGCAGUUCAGUCACCGCUUAUCCGGCCCAGGGUGUCGUCGCCGAGUUGGCCGUAAGCGAGGGUCUGCGCCAGAAGUUCCACAAUGUGGAGGAACUAUUCCCGGUCGGCAGCCCGGUCUUUUUCAUUGGCAACCCGUACUUCGGCAGCGAGGGAACCGUGCUUGAUCCUUCGCUUGCCUACAGCUGCGGUCGCAUCAAAGUCAACAUCCGUGUGCGGCCGGAGCCAGAGCUGAGGGCAGCACGCCAGGUGCAGGAGGAGCGCGAUCGCGACUACACCAACUCUUACGACGUCGCUCAUCAGCUAAAUAUCAGUCCUCGGGCACUGGGUCGACUAACCGGCACCGUUUGGGUGGUUCUCGGGCCGCGGCGUGAGAAAAUGGAGAACGUGGCCAAACACAAUGUGGGACUUCAGCUGAAAUUUCCGCGGCAGAACGAGGAGCGCGCCGGCUACUGCUGUCGGUCGGGCAAUACGUGGUUCUACUCUACCACGGCCAUCGAGCUGAUGCGUGACUAUUGCAAUACCUUCCCUGACUUGGUCGCCUUCUUUGGCAAAAGCAACGAUCGUGGCGAUUUCGUCUACGAACAGGAUAUCUUCCAUGCCAUGGGCCAGCACCUGGUCGAGAAUGUGGCUAACUGGGUGCGCCAGCAGCCGCAUACCAAGGUCGAGCGCAUUACGUGCGGUUCGAAAACAGUUUGCCGCGAGACCGUGGAGCUGCUCCUGACUGCCGUCGAUGAGCUACGCUCGCUGCCCGUCAAGGACGUUAAGCUACAAGUAAAGCCACAUUUGUUGAUAAAGCCCAAUGUCACACUGCCUGAUGUCUAUCGGUCGCGUCGUCCGGUGCGACUCUUUGAUCGCGUCAUUAUCGUGCGCACCAUUUACAUGGUGCCGGUGGGCAUCAAGGGCACUGUGAUUGGUAUCUAUCCCGUCACGGAUCCGAAUCCGGUGCGCCUGGAGUGCGUCCAUGCUGUGGAUACCUUUUGCGAGGUGCUGUUCGAUAAGGCGGUGCCCAAUUGCAACGAUAUCCAUGGCAUUGCCGAGGACCGAGUCUACAAGGUGCCCGAGAGUGCCCUAGUCGUCAUUUACACGAAUGAACAAGGCCCAAAGCAGGACAAGCAGUCGAGCCAAGAUACCUUUCAUUCGGCCAGAAACCAAGGGGGAAACGUGAAAAUGGAAAAGCGUAAUACUCAGCAGCAGCAGGCACCGCCGCAGGCCAGCGGCAGUCGCUAUACAACGGCGGCUGGUGACGACUGGAAUACUGUCACAAUGAAGACGAAGAUAGCAGACGAGUUCUUUAAACCUAAUGCUGCGGCAAAUGUUGAGACCAAGUCUUCGAAGAGCUACAUUCCACCAAAGACUGAGAAGCCGGAGGAGCCGAAAAACUGGCGUAACAACAACAACGCUCAAGCUGUCACCAAGCCACCGCAGUCGAAUUCAACUUCAGCUAAGGAAAACUGGCGAAAGAACCCGAACCAGAAUCAGAAACAGAACCAAAACCAGAACCAGAACCACAACCAGAACCCUAAACCGAACUCGAACCAAUCCACCCAUCGUCUCCAAGGAGGCAGUGCUCUUGCAGCUCCCAAGAGCACUAUGAGCCAUGAGCCAGCAGCAGCAGGAGCAGCCGUAGGUGCAUCACCCCAGGCACAGACACUGGCUCUGAUGUCGCUUCUGGGCAUGAAGAAGGGAGACGAUGUCCAGCAGCCGCUUCCACAGCCGCAAAUCCAGGCACCUUCGUCGCAAUUGCCAAAGGCUCCCGUUCCAGGACAGAUACCGAAUCUGCCAAAGCCGCCGCUUUUCUGGCAACAAGAAGCCCAACAGCAGCAACAGCAACAGCGUAUACAGCAGCAGCACCUGCCCCCAGAUGGGAGUCAAUCCGAUAGGAAUCGUGCGACCACCCCUAUGAGUGGAUUCGGGCGGCAGGUGUCACGUCCCUUGCUACAAUACAACAACGUGCAACAACGUAGUCGUUAUAAGACCGAUAUGGCCUUGGGCAUGAGCAAAGAGGAUCAUCAGCAGCCGUUACAAUUCCCUUACCAUCAGUAUCAAGCACAGCCGCAGAAUUUCCCGCAUCAGCAGGAUACCAAUAACCAGCAAACGAAGCCACGCUACUCAUCCAUCCAAGAUUUUGUGCCCAUACAGGCAUAUCGUCCCAAGCGCAGCAACCAGUCCCAGGAUAAACCGGAGGGCGAAGGGCGAUCGGAUGCCACUAGCAGCAGUCAGUCGGAGAGACCGACCGAGGAGGCCGUUGGACUCAUGCGUACGCUUAACAUUAAGUCUGAAGGUAAAAACGUUCCAUCCACCAGUAAGGAUGCGUCUGUGGCAGCUCCAAGAGCAACAUCACCCUCUCAGCCCGGCAACAAGCAGCCACCAAGGAAGCAGCGAAUGCCCCGAAUUGGGGCCAAAUUUGAUUUGGAUUAUGAGAUUCAUUAGAGGACGGACAUUCAGACAUCAUUACUUCGACAUAUAUUUUAUAGAACGAAUUCCAACGGCAGCCAUUGACAGCAUGUGCACUUUUUUUCAAUUGAGCAAGGAAAAGGAAACCUCCAAGGAAACAGAUACUUGUUCCUUCUGAUACAAGGCCCAGGUUAGAUGAAAAUCCCUGGGUGAGACUGAAACAUCCUUUAAUUCUCGUUGGAAAUAACCCUUAACCAAUAAAUUACGUUGCAUUCAGGAAGGAUACAAAUGUAUAAUCCUUUCACACCACAC